GUUUGUACGAUUACAGAAUAAUGUUGAAGAAUUUUUUCACGAGGGCUCGAUUUAAGAUUUUAAAUAUCCUGGGUUUUUCUUCUGAAACUCCUAAAGGGAAAAAACACCUGUAUUUAUCAUAUUAUAAUCUAGAAGAUAAUGGUUUCAUUAUGGCAUAAUACUUGUUUUGCUUCGUGAGAGGUUUUUCCCUAAUUCAUGCUGGUUACGCUUGGACAGACAUAAAAAAAAAAACAAAACAAAACAAAAGAUAAAUAGAGAUGUUUUGCGUCUUGUCACGAGCGUGGCACAAGGAAAACAUUCUGAGUGCCCAUGAGACUCUACGGUGAGCGAGGUCUAUUACGAAGUUCAUAUCACACGCGUCCUGCAUACUGCUUGGAUCAGCAAUGUCGAUAGCGUCAUGUUUGUAAAUAGAAUAAGAGAUGGUAAUUUUUGUCCCAAGCUCGUGACCAGACGAAAAACAUCUUUCUCUAUUUGUUUACCGAGCUAAAAAAAUAAGAUCUCUCUUAUUCUAUUCCAAAACAAAAGAUGUUCCUGCCCGCAUGCAAAUCUGUUGGGUUACUAUAAUUGGCAACUACUUUGAAAGCAACCACCUGAAAGCCAGAAACUUUUAUGUAAUAAUUUCCUUCCAUUAACUGGCCUCGUGGAGCAAUAAUUUAGACAAUUUUACGUGAAAAAAAAUUUUCUGCCUUUUUCCGAACACUUUUUGCCAAAAUGUAUUUUUUAAAUAAAAUUUGUUAAACAAUCGAACCACAAAUCAUAAUUAUUUAUAAGUCUGUAUUUAAAGUCCUUUGAAAAUUGACUUUUUCAGUCAUAAAAAGAAAAGGAAUGUACUGUGACUGUUUAUAUUUUUUCUCUAUGAUACAUAUUUCGAAAAUCAUGAAUAAAUAAAGACUGGAAAAUUUGAGAGCAAAACAGUGCAUAACAGAUGGAGGGGUUUUUACCGAUUUCUAUUUAUGGUGCUCAGAACACCAAAACAAAAGAUCUUCCAUCAGCAAAUAUUAGUGAUUAGCAAGCAUUAUUGAGGAGUGUACCUCGGGAUAUUCUUUUAAAAGGAAGAAUUUGGGUUUUUUUUUAAAUUUAUAUAUCAAGAAGGCAGAUUCUACGUUUUUCGUUCAAAUUUCCCCUAAAUUUACUGCAAUUUUUACUUUAAGCUAGAUCGAAAACAAAAGUGCGGUGCAGGGGAUUCCCCGACUCGAUUCUGUCACGUCACGUUCUUAUAUAUGUAAGUCCAUCUCACCUCCAGUUUUCAAUUGGACCGAAUGCACCACAGUUUAGACGUUAGAGGCUGUAUUACACGGUUCCAGUAUUGAUUAGUUCGCUCAAGAAAGCUUCAACACCUAUUACAAAGCAACAGACUCUUAACAGGAGUGGUUAAGAAGCAAAAUUUCAAAAGCAGAAUAUGGCAUUAGCUAAGGCAAGGAGAGGAGACGCCACAUCUUUAACGAAGGAACUUCGUGAUUUUUCAGCAAAGUAUGUGAAAAUUUCUGAAUUAAACAAGACUCGCACCAGAACGCUGGUCAACGAUUACAUUGAAAACCAGAUCAUAGAGUUCUGUCGACAGAAGUCCGAACUUCAGAUUCUGAAUCUACAGUACACGGGAAGUUUUUACGAAAGGUUGAAAACUGAAGCUGCCGAUGAAGUAGACAUUAUGGUAGUACUGGGAACGCCAAGCUCAGAAAUCGAGGUCAUAGCAUCCGAAGUGCCUGGGUAUGUCCGUCUAAGGGCAAGAGGUGAUCCGAUUUUCUGCAAGUAUUUGGGUCAUGAAGGUUAUCUUGACCCUAAGAGCUUUCGAGAUCGUUGGUUCCAAAGCAUCGUUCAGCGAGCAGUGAAUAAUAUCAAACCUAAAGAACCGUUCUCUGACGUUCGUCUGGUUGUGCGUACCCACGGACCAGCUGUCCAGGUGGACAUUCUUAGGAAAGGAUCUAAAGAGAAGUUAUUAUCAGUUGAUCUCGUCCCUUGCUUCCACGUCAAUGAUAGCUGGUAUGUGCCCAAGCCAUUUAAAGGGAAAAGAUUUGUUUUCAAUCACAAGGUUUUUUGGAGGCAGUCGUUUUCGUUGGAGGAGAAGCAAGUACUUGAGAACAUGGACCAGCAAGACCAUGGCUGUAGGCACGAGCUUCUUCGAAUCGUGAAAACCGUGGUUAAGAGGCAGGUGACAUCAUUACCACUAGAUUCCUACUACCUGAAGACCGCCUUUAUGCACUACAUAGAGAAACAUAGCCAAGACUGGGUGAGCAGAGAAGCUUUAGGGAAACAUUUCCUUGGAUUUCUUGGAGAAGUGCAGUUAUAUCUGAGGAGCGGAAAUCUUCCCCACUAUAGUUUACCUGAUGUAAACCUUCUAAAUGAUUUCAAGGAAGUAGUUGUAAAGCAAAUGGCGAAUCGUCUGAAAAGGAUCCUGAAUAGUGAAGCGCGGUUGCAAAAGAUUCUUAUAUAGCUUAUAUGUGCCAAUGAACAAAGACUGAAAAUUUGA